UUUUUGUCUAACUCGUGGUUCGGUUUUCGUUUUGUUUACGUGUACGAAGUCGUGAGGCUUCUCAGUCCAAGAAAAUGUACGACGUUUGUCAUCCCAGUUAUUAUGCGAUUUGCGAAUUGGGUUGCAAGGACGACGUGAAGAUCACAACAGCGUUUCACGUUUAUAUUGAAUUGUGCGAGGAACAAAAACUUUGGGAAAUUGAGUACAAAUAUGAGUCCUCCCUGGAUUUAAUUUACAUCGAGGCUAAGAAAAAUAAAGAUUCCCAGAAAGAGACUUACGUACCAUGGGCACUUAAACAUAACAUAAAGCUCCAGGAUAUCGAGAACAUCCAAAAACAACUGAGCAUCGAACGUUUUACACUGGUUUCAAAAAAUGGCGACGGCACGAGUAUGUUCUACACCAUAAAUUCAGGUUUGACGAAACCCCUGGCCCCACAGGAGCACAACGAAAUUCGUUUAUCAUGCAAGAGAAGGAACGAAUUGGGCAAAGAAUUACGAAUAAAUAGUCACAAUCUGUACGAAAUGGCGAAACUCGGAGCAGAUGAUGAACAGGAUCAAGCACCCACCGAUUAGAAUUUCCCAAUUAAUGAAGAAAACAUUAAGAAAAGCGAACAUCAGUCUGUUUCAUCACUACCAUUAAUAUUUUUCAUAUUUUCUCAUCUCACUUCAUCUUACAAAUUCAUUAUAAUCGAUUACUUCAAAAAAAUGUUAUCUUACAAUCUGUUAGUAUUCGCUUUUGUAUAUUAUGAUUUACAGCACGUGUGUAUACCUAUGUAUAAUUGUUAAUUAAAAUAGUACACAAUUGAUAAGUGGACAGAAUCAACGAAUGAAUCAGUUCGUUAAAGAACGAAAAAGAGAAGGAAUUAAUCAUUACACGAAGACUCAUCAAUUGAUUCUCGUGAGGUAGACGAUGACUGGGCGUAUCAGACAGUUGAUAAAAAAUGUUGCAUCUACUCCCACUAACGAGUAAAGUUUCAUAUCAAAGUCAAAAAAUAGCGUGAGACAUUAUGAUAAAUUACCCUGAUUAAUUGAUAUUUCUGAUACCAUCGCCAUUACUGUACGCCACUGAUAAAUAGACCUCACGAAUUCAGAUAAACAGUUCCAAUGAUUUUAUCGAAAAUAGGCCGGACAUCCGGUUUCUCAUUGUUUACGUACGAAAAGAGAGGAUGAAUAGCUACACGUAAUGAUCUGCCUGACGUCAAUAGAAAUCCAGAGCGCGUAGGAAAAAAUUCACAUAUUCUACAAAAAAAAUAGUUCAAAAAGACAUUCUAGUUUCCUCCUUUUGUGUAAAGCUGCUAAGGCCACUUGGAGUAUAAGACGAUUACACGAAAAAGAAGAAAUAAAAAAUAAGCGAAUCCUCACAAUUUCAUAUUAGCCUCGUUUAGCACCGACAAUGUAUUAAGUCACAAUGUACAAAAACAGAAUCCCCUAAUGGAAAAAAAA